AUGACGGCCCACGACGACGUGGAGAGUUUCCUGCUCAUGUUCGAGACCACCGCGAGUCAAGAAGGCUGGUCGCGGGACGAGUGGGCGCGCGCUGGCGCCGCUGUUGACCGGCGAGCCCCAACGAGCCUGCCAGCGAUGCCACCGGAGCUGAGGGAUUCGUAUGAAGAUCUCAAAAAGGAAAUCUUGUCCCGGGUAGGACUCUCCCCCAUCGCGGCCGCCCAGCUGGUGCACGAAUGGGAAUAUUCCAGCCGGUUGCCAGCCCGCGCCCAAGCUGCCGAUCUGUCUCGUCUCGCGCGCCAUUGGCUGUUGGCAGGAGACCCCAGCGCCGCCCAAGUGGCUGAUCGGGUAGUCGUGGACCGUUUGCUUCGGGCGCUUCCGCGCCCCAUCCGUCAGGCCGCCGGCAUGCGGAACCCGCUCACCGUGGGAGAGUUGGUGGACGCCAUCGAACUGGCGGAGGCGGCCCAGCAUCGCGAGGGUACCUUCAGGCCAGUAGGCAGGCCGGCGGCUCCCGUGCCCCAGGAUGAACCGAUGCCCACAGAGCCUCCCACCACACCACGCCGGGCAUGGCUGGCGGGUUGUAUACUGCAUCAAGAGCCCCCCCUUGCAGCCCCGAAGGUAGACGUGGAGGUCAAUGGGCGUCCCUAUCGGGCCCUCCUGGACUCCGGCAGUGCGGUCAGCCUGGUCCAGUCGUCGGUGGUUUCCCCACGGCCAGGAUCCAGGGCCGUUCUCCCGAUCACCUGCGUCCACGGCGACACGCGCCAAGUCCCCGCAAGACGCGUCACCAUUGCCGCCGCCCCAGGUGCUUGGCCCGUAGAAGUGGGCCUGAUGAAGGACCUUCCCGUCCCAGUCCUCCUGGGGAGAAACUGGCCAGGCUUUGACCGCCUGCUCACCAUGGCCGCCCAACCCGCCAGCCCGGGGCCGCGAACCGGAGGCCCAGCCGACGUCCCCGACGACGCCCCGUCCUGCUGGCCUCGGACAGUCCUCGAGACGGUUAGAGGAGGCGGGACCUUCGCCAAGGAACAACUCGGGGACGAUCGGCUGAAACACUGCUGGACUCAAGUGAGGGUGACCGAAGGGAAGGAUGUCCAACCCCCACCACACCCGGUCCCCCACUUCAUCGUCCAAAAUGGCCUGCUCUACUGUGUCGCUCCGCGAAGGGGAGGAGAAACAGCUGCUGGUUGUACCCGGACCAAGACGGAACGGUGA